UCGCAAAGGUACAUUUUUAAUUUUUACAAUUUAUAUCGAGAACUGCCUUUGAACAUGGACUAGAAACUGUGACUCAAUUUCAUGUACUCUUCCGUAAUUUAAAAGUCUUGUGUAACCUUUUCCAUGAGUAUAAAAAUUUUAUUUGAAAUCCUUGGCUGAAGGGCAAGUGCUCAUACACCUAGUUCGAUACAUAAUUACCAUGUCGACUAAUGCAGAAAAUUACGAUACAAUAGAUGACCACAGAGAAAACUCUGAUGAUGAUGAUUCUUGGGGUUCUGAUUUUGACGAUGCUUCUGUAAACGCAAACUAUUCCCGAGAAAUUGAAGAUAAUAUAAUUAACGAAGAUCUGGAAGCUCAGUUAAAUCAGGUCCUUUCUUUGAGCAGUGAAAAUCACACAUCUGUUUCUGAGCCAAGCAGUGCACCUGCUGCAGAAAAUACUUAUGGUAAUGUGAAUGUACUUGGUAAUGCUCUUUCAGCAUUUUCUUAUACCAGAAGCAAUGAUAUCUCAGAAGUUAGUAGCAACAGAUUUAUCAAUAAAACUCCAGGCAAUCAAAGGAUACCUGCAUUAUCUACCCCUCCAGUGCAAGAACGGAUGGCAGUUGUAACUUCUUCACAUAGUUUAGUUGCUUCUAAUGAAGUUACAGAAAGGAUAUCUCCGACAAGUAAAAAUAAUAUUCCCACAGGAUGCUCAGAUAAUAAACAAACUCUUAAUCAGAAUUCUGAACUAAAUCGCGGAAAUAAAACACCAGGAAAACUUAAAGCAGAUGCAUUCGCCUUCCUGAAGAAUAUUCCAAGUGCUAGGUCGGCAAAUGAGGAUAAAGAGAGGAAACACCUAGUGGCAACUGCUUUCGUUCAUGCUGUAAAACUCGAGAAGCAAAACUUGAGUCAAAAUUCUGGCGUAAAUAUAAGUGAUGAAAAAUAUGAAUGGACACAUCCUAUACCAUCAGCUCCACUUUCGUCAUCUUUGAGUUCAGACACAGAUGAGGAAGAUUUAAGAAUUAAUCCCCACUCAUUUCAUAACGGUAGUGAGUCGGAUAAUUUAAGAAACAAGAGAAGUAUUCCCACGUUUGCAAAUAUGAAAUCAAGAGAAACUCCGGAAGUUUCGAAACCACCGCUACCCUCUCGCCCUCCACCAAUUUUCGCACUUCAUACCGGAAAGAACGCAAAAGCAAAUACCUCAGUCACAUCAGAUAAACCACAAAUUCAAAUUCCUGCUGGAAGAUCAACAAAACCUACUCCCACUGAAGCCAGUUCAAGUUUACAAACAGGACAUCAGAGAACAUCAGUUGGUAAAUUAACUGCAGUUGUAAAGGAGAAAUCAUUGGAGGGUCGACUGCAGGAAUCUUUCAGACCAGUUCCUCUUACAGCCCCUUCGCUUUAUCCAAUAAUUGAUGAGUCUUCGUCUGGCAAUGAAAAUGCAGCAACAACGCCUCCAGAAAUUUCUCUUGCACCACCAUUGCCAAAACCGAAACCAAGGCAAAGUCUUGAUACGCAUUUAUCAAAAGAUGAAAAUCUGUCAACAAAACAGAAUAAAACAGAAGUGGACAUUAAUGUGCCUAAAUUCAGAAGGUCUUUGGGCUCUAGUAUGGAGAUUUUAUCAGAAGCAAAACAGCCAUUUCCCUCAUCAACUAUAAUACAGGCAGCAAACAUGGAACAAAAACCAAAGCCACCCAAGCCGAUUUCUCCAAUAGACGAUGAAAACUGGCCAAACUAUCUGAACCGUCCUCAGCUCCCACAAAAACUUAAACAGACGCAUAGAUCGCUGUCUUGCAGUAGUUUGGUUCAGUCCUUCAAAGAAAUGAGUUUUCCCAAAAGGAAUCAAUCUAAAGACAAAAAGCCCUUUGAACCAUCACCGACACCAAGAAUUACAGAAGCUCCAAAAACACCUCAGCGUCCAAGUAAAGAAGUUGUUGUAAAAGAUAUCACUCGGAAUGCUUGGUUUCAUGAUUUAAAUGCUGUUCAAGCUCAAGUUAGGCUAUUGAACAUGAAACAAAACGGGGCCUUCCUAGUCCGGUACAGUAGUAAGCCAACAAUUGAAAUACCUUAUACCAUGUGUGUGGCAUUUGAUGGAAGAGUACUUAACUCCCAUAUACGCCUUAAAAGUAAUGGAUAUUACGCUCUUGGGAAAGAAAAAGAAGGUGAAAAGACAUUCUCAACAAUCUCUGAUCUAAUAAGAUACCAUCAAGACGUACCUAUCGAAAUUAAUCCUUCUGGGACAGGAAAUCUAUUUCGCGUAUGUCUGCUGGUGACGCCACCAAAAUAAAUUUAAGGACAAAAAGGUGUUUGAUGAUGUACAUAGAAGAUGACCACUUCCAGAUUUAGUAUUUAAGGUUUUUUUUUUUUUUUUUUUUUUUUCAAAUUAAUGAAAAAUGUAAUGAAGUUUUAAUACAUUUGUUUUUUAUUUUAGAGGCAAAUGAAUGGCUUUUUAUUCAGAUACAAUAAAUUAAAUUAGAUAUUUAAUGAA